AAUAAGAGUUUAUCAGAACACACUUCCAUCCAAAUGGCACAUCCAGGUAAGGGUGUGUCCGUGGGCGAGUACGACCCGGUGACAGGGCUCACGCACAUCACGCAGCAAUGUGGGCGUCUGUUGUUCAACAUGGGUGCUAGUGUCAAAAAGCAACAGCGUCGAGAUCCUCCACCAGCCAACGCUCUUGCCAAGACGACGGCUCCGCCAACAUCAACCGGCAAGUUCACGGGGCUAUCGCUCUACCCUGAGGAGGCCAACUACCUACUACAGCGAGGGGCCUUGGUGGUCUACCUCAUGCCUCAAGCAGGCGAAGAAGCCCAAGCGUUGAGCGUCGCUGGAUUCACUGCUAUGCUAUUCAAGGAUACGCGAGUUUCGCUCGCGUGUAUGGAAGUGUACGCAUUCCUGAAAGACCAGAAGCUGCAUCCGCGCCGUUGCCUCGAGACAAUGACGGCGUCGAGUUCUGAUGAUGGCCGAAGUGUACCUCGACAUUUGACGGAAGGAGAGCAUUGCGAUGUUGCGUUUGAUGUCUGGAAAACCGUGAGAGUCGGCGUCGAAACGAGUAAAACCGAUGAUACAAUAGAGUUGUCGUUGGCGAAGCCGAAAGCGCAAAAAACGAAGAAAUUGGCGCUUGUGUUUCGCGUUGCAGUGUGUCGCUUUGGAGACGCGCCACCCAACCCGCGAAAUCUACGCCGAGUCGUUGAAAACAGCAAAGCUCGCGAUUUGGAAAGCGGGGACGAUUGCGCAGGGGCUGAUUGCAGACCACAGUUGACCUGCAGCCAAAUUCCGGUGAAACUAGCGGUCGUCCACCAUGACCAGAGCGUGCUGCUCUUCGAAAUCAACACAACCCCAUUUAUACUGCCCUAACUCCGUUUAGAAACUUCAACUUGACCAAAUUCAGGCUGAGAUUAAAAAAAAAAAUGUUUUGAUGUUUGAAUAAUAAUAAUAAUAGG